AUGGGCGCUUCUAUAAUCGAGAUCCAGCGUGACAUCAUUCUAAGCACGAUCCGCCAUGCCGUCGGUCAGGAAUGGAAAGUCUUGGUGGUCGACGAACAGAGUAGGAGAGUAAUCAAUUGUGCCGUCAAAGAGGAAGAAAUUCUCAACUUGAAUAUCUCCAAUGUCGAACAGAUCGAACACCGACGGCCGUCCAACCCGGACAUGGACGCGCUAUACAUAUUGUCCCCGGAGUCAUGGAUUGUGGAUUGUCUCAUGGCCGACUUUGAAGUUAAACGGUACCGGAAGGCGUUCCUGGUUUGGACCUCUUUCCUCGAUCCACAGAUACGGCAACGCCUUGACCGAUCUGAAAUGGCAAGGGAGCGUAUUGCCGACUACCGCAUCAUGAACAUCAGCUUCUUUCCCCGAGAGUCACAGUUGAUCACCUUCCGCGAUCCGUACAGCUUCCCGAUUCUGUUCCAUCCAGGCUGCAACAAUUUGAUCCGUAAACAUCUUCAAGAGCUGGCUCAAAAGAUUGUAUCCCUCUGUGCUUGCUUAGGGGAGUAUCCGGUCAUCCGUUACUACAAGCCACGAGCUCCUGCCCACGAAGCUGCCGUCCUUUGCUCCCAUUUAGCGCGAUUUGUCCAAAAUGAAUUAGAUCAGUUCGCCCAAUUCCAACGUGACUUUCCGCCACAAACCAAUCGACCUCGGGGUGUUUUGCUCAUCGUGGACCGAUCCGUUGACACUGUCGCUCCUCUUCUUCACGAGUUCACCUUCCAGGCUAUGGUUCAUGAUUUACUUCCAAUCAAAGAUGGGGACAAGGUCACCUACCAAACCGUGCUCCAUGAAGGCGAACAUAAUGAAGAAAAAAAGGACAUGGAGAUUGGAGAACAUGAUAAAGUGUGGGUGUCAUAUAGACAUAUGCACAUGAAGGACCUACUUGGAAAGCUUGGAGAGGAUUUCGCCAAGUUCAGAGCUGCCAACCCACAAUUUGCCGAGGAUAACGACAAAACGAGUGUGAACACAAUCAAGGAUAUGCUGGGAGGAUUAACCGAGUUCACAGAGGGUAAGGAUGCUUACACCUUGCACCUUAACAUGGCAGAAGAGUGCAUGAAACACUUCCAGAAAAACAAAUUGCCGGAGGUCAGCUCCAUCGAGCAAUCGUUUGCUACUGGCCUUGAUGAAAAUUACAAGAAGGCAAAGAACCUGGCAGCGCAACUCGUUCAGUUACUCGAUGAUGACCAGGUCAGCCAUACUGACCGACUUCGACUGAUACUGCUGUACAUCAUGUACCGUAAUGGUCUUCUAGGCGGGGAUAUCCGAAAACUCAUGGCGCAUUCAGACUUACCAGGACGCAACGGGGAUUCCAUUGCAAACCUUGAGUUCCUGGGUGUACGGGUAGAAAAGCCAUUGAAAGACGAUAAACCCCAAGUACAACCUCUAUUCAAUCGGUGUGCCCCAGCCCCAGAGGGGGAAGAGAUCAGCUUGUCACGGUACGAGCUAGCGAUCAAGCAAAUGCUCGAAGAACAGAUCCGGGGCUCAUUGGACCCCGCCACCUUCCCAUUCACCCGGCCCCAUACCGAUACCGAUGGCAGUAUGGCCGCACAGGACAUGCUUUCACAACAAACAUCUUUGCGAAGCGCCAAGCCCACCUGGGCCCGCACGCGGAGUGUUGACCAACCCCGCCAACGUAUCAUCGUCUUCAUGGCUGGUGGUGCUACAUAUUCCGAGUCUCGCGCCUGCUAUGAAAUCUCUCAGGCAUACAACCGAGAUGUCUUUCUCGCUACGACACACAUGCUCACCCCGACCCUGUUCAUCCGCCAAGUAGGUGAUCUCACCGUCGACAAACGCCGGCUGGAUAUUCCUGCUGAGCGACCGAAGCCUACUGCACCGGCUCAUCUUUUCGAGCGUGAAUCGCCGCCUGCUCCAGCAGCACAAGCACAGAACAAAAAGCCUAUUUCGACUGCAAGCUCGCCCGCUCCGCCCACGGCGCAAAUGUCAAACAUGUCUCUGAAGAACACUUCCAAUGGAACACCGCCCCCCUCAUCUAGCAGCAAAGUACUCAAGAAGGACAAGGAGAAGAAGGAUAAGGAUAAGGACAAGAAGGAUAAGAAAUACCGAUUCUUCUAA